AUGGGAGGAUGGGUGGGUGGGGUGGUGGGAGUAUGGGAGGAUGGUGGGUGGUGGUGGGAGUAUGGAGGAUGUGGGUGGGUGGUGGAGUAUUGGAGAUGGGUGGGUGGGUGGGUGGAGUAUGGGGAGGAUGGGUGUGUGGUGGUGGAUUAUGGGGAGGAUGGGUGGUGGUGGGUGGGAGGGGAAGUAUGGAGAAUGGGUUGGUGGGUGGGUUGGGAAGUAAUGGGAGGAUGGUGGGGGUUAGAGAUGGGGUGGUUGUGGGGGUGGGUGGAAGUAUUAUUUGGUGGGUGGGGGGUGUGGGGGGGGGUUGGGGGUGAGUUUGGGUGUUGGUGGGGGGGGGGGGUGGUGUGGGGAAGGGGGGGUGGGUGGUGGGUGUGUUGGGGUGGGGGUUUGUGGGGGGAGGUGGAGUAUGGGGAUUUUGGGUGGUAUGUUUAUGUGGGUUUGGGUGGUGUGAAGGGUGGGUGUGGUUGGGUGUUGGGUGAUAAAGUGGUGGGUUGGGGGGGUGGGGGGUUAGGUAUUGGGGGUGUGGUUGUAAUAUUUGGAGAGAGUGUUGGGGAUAGGGGGGGGGGUUUGGGGUUUGUGGUUUGGGUUGUAGGGGGUGGGGUUGUGAGUUUGGUUUGUGUGGUGUUUGGGUGUUUGUAUGUUUGUUUGUGGGAUUGUUUGGUUGUUUUUUGUUUGUUAUUUGGGUUGUGGGUGUGUUUAAGUUUGUUUGGUGUGGGGGUGAUGUGGGUUUUGGGUAUUGAAUUGGUUGUUGGUGGGGGUGGGAAUUUUGGUUGGUGGGUGUGUGUGGGAAGGUGGGGUGGUGGUGGGUGGUGGGUGUAG